AUGAAUACUAUUGGUGACAUCAACGGGCAAAGCAGUAGUUGUGACACAGGCUUUGGUCACAGACUGGCGCUGCGUCUCAAUGAACGCGGGUUUCGAGUUUACGCGACCGUCAUAUCCGAGUCCAGUGCCGGCGCACAGCAGUUGACUUCUAAGGCACAGUUUGCACACAAAAUGCAUGUCAUAGGCAUGGAUGUGACCAAACAUGAUCAAGUUCAAAAGGCAUAUGAUUACGUAACAUUGCAUUUAAACGAGAAAAGCUAUGGUGAUUGUCUGUGGGCUUUGGUUAACAACGCCGGCGUAACUUCUGAAGGCCCCAUAGAGUGGGGAUCACCCGAACAGUACGAACUGGUGUUUGCCGUAAAUAUGUUUGGACCGAUACGAGUGACCCGUACUUUCCUGCCCCUCAUUAGAGCAUCAAAAGGUCGCGUUGUAAACAUGGUCAGCAUAAUGGGUCGAUUCUCGGUCAGCCCAUUCGUUUGGUACUGUAUGACCAAACACGCAUUGACCGCCUUCUCGGACACAUUACGUCAAGAAAUGCGGUCAUUCGGCGUACGUGUGGUGACUGUAGAGCCGGCGGGCUUUAGCACAGGUUUGGCAGACGAGUCAAACAGAUUUACCGCUGUGUGCCGUUUGUGGCGACAAACAGCGCCCGAAAUACAAAACGCUUAUGGUUAUAACAGUGAAAGUGACUUGAAAAAGUUACUAGCUAAAUCUACAGAUAAGUUUAAGCCGAGUCCUAAUCUUGAUAUUGUGGUCAAUGAUUUGUGUGAUGCCGUACAUAAUGCUGAGCCUCGGGUUAGGUAUACACCCGUUGAUGUAAUCAAAUUAUGGCAUAACUAUAAACCUAAAAUCAUGUUGACAUCAAAAGGGAAAGCAGUGCUAAUAACUGGUUGUGACACAGGCUUUGGUCAUAGACUGGCGUUGAGUCUCAAUGAACGCGGGUUUCGGGUCCGAGUACCGAGACCGUCAUAUCCGAGUCCAGUGCCGGCGCACAGCAGUUGA